AUAUUCGGGACAAAGUGCAGUUCAGACAUGUUCAGGACAUGUACACACAUGUACGCGCACACACAAAGUACAGUGUCACGCGAUAAUGAGUCACCGUCAGUUUUAAAUGACUCAGUUUCACAUCAGUUUUCACUUGGACAGACUUUAACUUUACAGACGACAUGAGGAAGCAGCUCUCAGCAGCAGACCAGAAUCAGAACCAGGACCAGAACCAGAACUCCGUCAUCCCGAAGGUCCGAUACCACCCGAGCAUCCAGACCCCCCCCACACACGGACCCAGAGAGACCCAGAGGCCCAGACCAGCUGCCAUGCGCCCCCCUCAGACUGGGACCACCGUGCGCCCCCCUCAGACUGGGCCUGGACCGGCUGCCGUGCGCCCCUCUCAGACUGGGACCACCGUGCGCCCCCCUCAGACUGGGCCUGGACCGGCUGCCGUGCGCCCCCCUCAGACUGGGACCACCGUGCGCCCCCCUCAGACUGGGACCACUGUGCGCCCCCCUCAGACUGGGCCUGGACCGGCUCAGGUGAAUCCACCCCGACCUGACGGAGAUGCCGAUGCGGGCCCUGACCGGGCCUCCCUCAGCCCGGAGCAGGUUCCUCUGGGUCUGGGUCUGCAGGUGGACCGCCAGGUGGUGGAGCAGGUGGAGGUUCUGACCCGCGGCCAGAGCAGCAACCAGGACUGGUUCACCUGGAGGAAGAACCGCAUCACGGCCUCCGUGGCUCACCGCAUCGCUCACUGCCGCUUCGUUAACGGCAAGAGCAAAGCCCCGCCCGCCUCCUACGUGGCUGCUGUUACAGGUGAGGGGCGGAGCGUCCAGACCAGAGCCAUGUCCUGGGGGGUCCAGAUGGAGGCCGCGGCGGUCCGCAGGUAUCAGGAGAUGAAGAGCGCGGCGCUCGGCCGCUCCGUCUCCGUCCAGGACUGCGGUUUGUUCAUCGACGCGCGGCGGCCCUGGUUGGCUGCGAGUCCCGACGGCAUCGUGACGGACAGCCAGACCGGCCAAUGGCUGCUCUGCCUGGAGGUCAAGUGUCCGUACAAACACCGGCAGCGUACGGUGGAGGACGCCUGCAGGGAGGACCCGGCCUUCUGUCUGGAGAUAACGGACCACACGCCCCCGGCGUCGUCCCUCCCAGUGUACCGUCUGAAGACGUCCCACAGCUACUACACCCAGAUCCAGGUGCAGCUGGCGGUGACGGGGCUGCGUGACGCCGAGCUCGCCGUGUUCACGCUGAAGGAGCUGGCCAUCGUCCCGGUGACCUUUGACCCCGCCCUGUGGGACGCCACGCUGUCCAAACUGGAGACGUUCUACAGAGACGCCGUGCUGCCUCACCUGAGACAGGACACGCAGCGGGACGCGGCCGCCGCGCCAGAGCUGUAGAGACAUUACCCACAAUGCAGCUGGGUGGUAGAUACAGGCGUGUCAGAGAGGUUUUCUAGCGUUGUGGAAGGGUUAGGAGUGUGUAUUUGGUGGGGG